AUGUCGAAGGUGCCGCUAAAUUACCGAAGCGUUCAUUUACUUGUUUCCUGAGAUUUCAUCAUUCUGUUUCAUCCACAUUACGGUUCUGCCCUCGGUCCAUGCUUCGUAGCGCAACAUCAGCACUGCUGAGGGCCAGCACUGAGAUUACCAGUCUCCGCUCGGUGCCGCCGGUCUGCCGGGUUCUACCUUCGCCACAACGCUGUCCGCCCCUGACCAGGCCAUUUUCCCUGUCUGUUUGCUUGUAUAAAACGAAGAAGAAACGUAUUUGGUUCGAGCGUACCGAAGGACACAAAAUGAGUGGCAAUAUUGAAGAGAUUCUUGCCCCAUUGAGGCUGGCAGUGAAAGAACAGGGUGAGUUGGUGCGUCAGAUGAAGCAGGAUGGUGCCCCUGAUAUGGAUGUCACUAAGGCCGUGGCGGAACUGAAGGCCAGGAAAAGAGCCCUGGAAGCUAAGGAACUGUCCCUGCAGCCCAAAGAUGACAUCGUUGACCGAACCAAAAUGGAGGAUACGUUGAAGAGGAGGUUCUUCUAUGACCAGGCCUUUGCCAUCUAUGGAGGUGUCAGUGGUCUAUAUGACUUUGGUCCUGUGGGCUGUGCCCUGAAGAACAACAUCCUGCAGGCCUGGAGACAGCACUUCAUUCAAGAGGAGCAGAUCCUGGAGAUCGACUGCACCAUGCUCACCCCAGAGCCCGUCCUCAAGACAUCAGGACAUGUCGACAAGUUUGCUGACUACAUGGUGAAGGACGUGAAGAAUGGAGAGUGUUUCAGGGCCGACCAUCUCCUCAAAGCUCAUCUCCAGAAGCUGAUGUCUGAUAAGAAGUGUUCAGCAGAGAAGAAGGCUGAGAUGGAGGACGUCAUCACUCAGAUGGACAACUAUACCCAGGGGGAGUUAACUGACCUGUUUGUGAAAUACAGUGUCAAGUCCCCCACCACAGGAAAUGACCUCACAGCGCCACAUCUCUUCAACCUGAUGUUCCAGACGUCCAUAGGACCAGGUGGUAACAUGACCGGCUACUUGAGGCCUGAAACCGCUCAGGGAAUCUUCCUCAACUUCAAGCGCCUGUUGGAGUUCAACCAGGGAAAGCUCCCGUUUGCUGCUGCUCAGAUCGGGAAUUCCUUCAGGAAUGAGAUCUCUCCUCGCUCAGGGCUCAUUCGUGUCAGAGAGUUCACCAUGGCCGAGAUUGAGCACUUUGUGGACCCAGCCGAAAAGAUCCACCCCAAGUUCCCCAAUGUGGCCGACCUGCAGAUCAUGCUGUACUCUUCCAAGGCCCAGACCAGCGGUCAGUCUGCUGGGCUCAUGAGGCUGGGGGAGGCGGUGGAGCAGGGAGUGAUCAAUAACUCCGUCCUGGGGUAUUUCAUUGGGAGGAUCUACCUUUACCUUACUAAAGUGGGUGUUGCCAAAGACAAGCUUCGCUUCCGUCAGCACAUGGACAACGAGAUGGCCCACUAUGCCUGUGACUGCUGGGAUGCAGAGACCAAAACAUCCUAUGGCUGGAUUGAAAUAGUGGGCUGUGCUGACCGGUCCUGUUUUGACCUGCUGUGCCACGCUCGGGCCACCAAGGUCCCUCUAGUAGCAGAGAAGCCUCUCAAAGAACCCAAAGUAGUAGAUAUUGUCCAGUUCGAGCCCAAUAAGGGCGCCAUUGGUAAAGCCUAUAAGAAGGACGCCAAGUUGGCGAUGGAGUAUCUAGCUGUCUGUGAUGAGUGUUUCAUCACAGAGCAAGAGGCUCUUCUCAUCAGUAACGGGGAGUUCACCAUAGAGACGGAGGGAAAGACAUUCAAACUCACCAAGGACAUGGUCAGUGUGAAGAGGUUCCAGAAGACCCUGCAUGUGGAGGAGGUGGUCCCUAAUGUCAUCGAGCCCUCUUUUGGCAUUGGGAGAAUCAUGUACUCCAUCUUUGAGCACACAUUCCAGGUCAGAGAGGGAGAUGAGCAGAGAACGUUCUUCAGCUUCCCUGCCACUGUAGCGCCAUAUAAAUGCUCCGUCCUUCCUUUGAGCCAAAAUCAGGAAUUCGUGCCUUUUGUUAAGGAACUAUCCGAAGCAAUGACCAAACAGGGCGUGUCCCACAAGGUGGAUGACUCAUCAGGAUCCAUCGGGAGGCGCUACGCCAGGACAGAUGAGAUCGGCGUGGCUUUUGGCAUCACCAUCGACUUCGACACGGUGAACAAGACGCCACACACAGCCACUCUGAGGGACCGUGAUUCCAUGAGGCAGAUCAGAGCUGAGGUCAGUGAGUUGCCAGGGAUCAUCAGUGAUCUGGCCAACGGCGUCAUAACUUGGGCCGAGGUGGAGAAGCAGUACCCCAUCUUUGAGGGACAGGAGACCAGCAAGAAGGACACAACUGAGGAAUAAAUGUCAACUCUCUCCGUCUGUCGGUCACUCCAAUGAAUCGCCCACGGACAUUUGGACAUUUCUGCUACCAUUGGGACAUUUUCACCGUAACUGUAAUUUGGGCAGUGUUGAGACAGAGGAGGGUACCACUCUGGCGCUCUAACACGCAACCACUGAAAUGAAUCUCAAAAUAAUGUAUGUAAUCAUGUAUCUAACCUUAACCAUAACAAGGCGACAAAUUCUGAUUUGUCCCUGCUCUGGUAAAUAUGAAUAUGCCUCUGGAAGAGGAUGCUGAUGGAAAAGGGACAUUCCUCAAUGUAUUGUAAAGGGAGAAGUGUGUUCAGGUAGUUUGUCUCGUGAGGUGGAGAUGUUUCACCAUUCCAGUUUCUGGGCGAUUCGAUCUACAUAGAAAAUAUUUCCGGUUCAAUAAAUUGAACACACUGGAA